AUGGCAGCCUCGAAGAGCAUCGAUGAAUCCGUGGUUACGUGUAGUUUGGAGACAGGCGUCAACGGUAUUGAGCUAGUUGUUCAAUCGAUGAAACAUGGAACCGAUGAGGUGAAGGAUCUUCUGGACAAUGAAUGUACCUUACUAUAUGAAUGCCGAAUAUGCAAAAAUUUGUUCAGAAAUGUGACAGACCUCGUUGUGCACAAGAGGGAAUACUGUCCUAGGUCCGUUUUGGCAAAAAGUGUCGACGAAUUCAGCGGUGAUACAGGUGACAGUGAGAAUGGGAAAUUGAACCAUGAUGACGUGCGUGAAGAUGGCCUUCGUUCCGCACAGGAGUGUACAACGGGCGCUGAAGAUCGCCCCGGGACAGAAAUUACGAUGAAUCUUUUGAAAUCUCUAACGAAACGUUUACUAGACCCAGAAGAAGCUGAAACACUGUUCAUUCGUGGUUAUCAGAGCAUCAGACGAAGGCCCUCCUUAAUCACCGGAUUACGAGAGACCGAAACCGCGGGCGACAACUCCGAUGGAACUAUGGUUUCACGAAAUAAUGCGCCGAUGAGUCGUCAGCAUUCGAUGGAACUACGUCUUCGUGGUAGUAAUGAUUCCUCAAAAUUUGUUAAAACAGUCAGUCGCGAGGAGUUGGCGAUUGUGACCCGUUUGGAGUGUUGCGACAGUUGCGACCUAAUGACUCUUACGUGCUUGGUGGACCGAUGCAAACGAACCUUUCCGGACAUCGAAACUCUUGCUUUCCACCUGAACUACUCACAUGUCGAUAUUCAACCUCCAGGCGUUCAGAUGUGCUUUCUGUGCGGCAGGCAGGUUUUCGGAUCUCCCGCCCUCGCUUCUCACCUCCAACUCCGCCAUCGUUCGAUCGCCAGACGUCACACCGCAGAAGUGAUGAAGCGAUGGGCGGAUAGGCGGAAGAAAUGCGCUAAAAAUUGCAGACGCCAAAAGCAGAACAACGGCGAUGCUCUUUCCGACAAAGCGGUGCCGCAUCUUUCGACGGUGCUCCCGAUAUUGGAUGAACCGUUUAAGCAGUCCGCUGGAUCGGAAGACAUUCAUAUUGUGGCUGAAAAAAGACAUGGUCAAGACACACUAGUUUCGAAACCGCCUGCGCCUGAAGCGAAUGCUGGUCAAGUGAGAACGGGAACCGCGUCGCUGAACUCCGGUGCGGUGGUGGUCCCCAUCAACAGCGCUAAUCCUAAAGGAACAUCCGUUGAGCAAAGAGUCGUUACCUUUCCUUCCAACGGCAAGAAAGAGGCGGCAAUUAUGUUGUUCGAUAAAUCGAGAAACAUCGUGCUGCAGCUGAAGUCUUCGUCGUCUGUGACAUCAAAGCCAAACGAGGUUGGUCGAAACUACAUCAAGAUCUUGCCCAAGUUUAUACUGACUACGGGGUCCAAGGUUUCGACAUUGGCGGCGCAGCAGUCGAAUUUCGACCCACAGGCGAAACCGUCGACCCUGACUCUGAUGCCUCGUAUGCAGGUGAAUCACGUUCCAUCGUGGACGAACGACUUCACUCUUCCGAUCCUGACCCUGUCAGACGUCGAACGAGCACUGACCGCGUUGUACGUUGGUUUUCUAGCUGGUCAGAUUGACAGCGAGGCGUCCAAGUCAGCAGCUUGUCAGAGUCAUAACGAUAAAAGGUCUCGCAGUCGUCCCCUUCGCCGAUUGAAGACGUCGGGUGAAGAACUGCCUGGUGUUUGUGCCGGAACAAUAAAAAAUUUGCGCAGCCGUCGUCUAAGGGUACCGCCGCAUAAAGCGUUGAAUGGUAAGCAGCAGUUCAACGGAGGUAACAAGGCGUUGGUGCAUUGGGAGAACCCUGACAUAGAGACCCCAAAGAAGAAACAGUCGCCUAACAUCAAUGCAGAUAACAAGUCACCACCACCUGAUGGUACGUCGCCAGCGACGAAGACAUCGCCGCACUUACGAGUGCGUCGCGCACUCAAAUCACCGUACAGUAGUAAGGAGUACGCGAACACUUGGCCGCAGGUGCGAGAGGAAAGGAGCAGAAGGGCUGUAGUCCGGCAUCAGGCAUCUCGAAGGGAGCAGGACAAAGAGCGACCGAAAGAAGCGUCGGAUUCGCGCUGUGGAACGAGUCAAUCGUCGCCUGCCAAGGCCACGAGCGCCGAUGACGGGGACGUGGACAAAUUUCCAGUGAUUUUCACCAAGUCUCAGCGACAGCAGAUUGAAGAGCUGGCCGACCUGAAGAACUUCGUUUGUCGUCGUUGCGGCAACCAGUUCACCACCAGAUGCAAUACCGAACGCCAUUGCUAUGCGCAUCUGUGCUUCGUACGUUUUCGCUGUCGCCUGUGCAGUACGGCUGCUUUCUAUCGCAGUGACAUGAAACGACAUUUGCUGAAACAGUGUACGAAAAUCAACACCCGUGUUGUUGGACCGAAACACUUCCAGCAGAACAUAGUACCUUGCUGCGAAAGCCAACCAGGCAAGGUUGUCUCGUGGCGCGGUUAUCCGGUUGUCUGGACUCACAGAGCCAAACCGAGAGCUACCAAAAUUGCGAUGAUGCUUGCUAAAGCUCAAGCUCGCGAAUCUGCUGCCGCCGCAAAAAAGCCACCUCACCUUGAGGUUGAGAGACCAAUUCGCCAAAAGAAGGCAUGUACUGUUUGGGAAAAUGGCGCCCUGAACGACUGUGAACAGUCGUCAACUUUCGUGUCGUCGUCCAGUGGCUCACAGCUCAAUUUCGUUGCAGACCAGUCACCUCCUGCCGCCGUUAAUCCACAGCGUCCAGCCGCCUCCAAUGGUGGUUCUUGCAGUGGUAGUUCUUCUGAACCCAAACGCGGCAGCGAAAGGUUCACUGAGUUGAAGCAAGAACAAAGU